AUGGAUUGGAUCACGCAACUCUUUCAUACACCUACGUUCGCGAAGCCGAGGACACAACAAGCUAGUCCGAAAUGUGGCAGUGGGAAUUCAACCAACGGAAUUCCAAUUAGUACCAGCGUCUGUGGCACCAUCUCUCGAGCUGGUGAUGCUAAACCCGUUGAGUGCAACCUGUGCCAUCGAAAGUUUAAAAACAUACCAGCUUUAAAUGGACACAUGCGUCUUCAUGGAGGUUAUUUCAAAAAGGAUUCCGACAAUAAGAAGCUAGACAAGAAAGAAUCAACUGGACCUCCACUGCAAACUGCGUCAGUCUCUGUUAGAGCGCUAAUAGAAGAAAAAAUUAUUAGCCGUCGUGGUGCUAUAACGUCACAAGCGACAGGAGUAACAGAUUCAACAGCUCGUUCUGGUUUUGCGACGCCUGCACCACCUCCAUUAUCCAGCAUUCGUACGUCAGCGUCACCAGCUUCACCUGCUACAACUUCAGUACACUUUGCGUCGCCAAAAGUACCACCAGUAGUUACACUUGGUUCUAACGUAUCCAACAUCAAUACGGCGCAAAGGGAUUCAACCCUUAUUGAGCUUCUUAAGAAAGGAAACUCAAAGGUUGUGAAACGAUCGGCAUCCGACCCAGGCCAAUGCUCACCCCAACAAGAAUUUACUUUUCGACCGGAACUAUUUGGAGUGUCAUUUAACUCGGACGAUGGGUACUUCUCACCGGCAUUACAUGAAGACACAUUUCAUUUUACUACGACACCUGAUCACUUAGAAGAAUUAGCAUCACUGGAAGACUAUGCUACCGUAGCAGCAUCGAUACAUGAACGAUCGCCAGUUACUUUCCCGUCCAAUCGUCGUUUAGCUGCAGUACUGAAUUCUCCUUUACCAGAAUCAUUAGCGGAUUUUGGUGCUUGCCACGAUGGCACUGCUGUUCCAUCUCCAGGACUUCCUGGAUAUACAGAACAUUCUCCGAGCCUUUCGUACUCCACUGGUGAUUCACCAGGUGUAGCAUAUGCAGCAACUUCACCAAGUGGUAGUUAUUCAACGCAUCCUACGCCAUCUCCUGGCCUAACAUACCCUACACCUCCUGCUUCAUUGGAUGCCCAAUCGCCAGCUCAUACAGUUCCAAGAGCGUCAUCGCCACUCACGGCAGCUUUUUUUACGGCCACUAUGUCCAGUCAAGAAGAGGUAGAGGAGGCUCUCGAAGAAGUAUUACCAGACGAGUGUAGAGCACUGGACGUGUUUACUUUAAAUUCGUCGCCGACUGCACGGAGGAUGAUGCUCAACUCCGAAGAUCCGUUGCUAUCUAGCAGCCCUCGCAAUUUCCCCCAUUCGAGAUCAAUGCGUCGUCAACGUUCGGCUACACCCAUUCCGACAUCUCUACAUCAAUGGCAAUCAGAGCAUAAUUCACUUCAAGUUUGUGUUGAAGGGCGUGAGGGAGUGCCUGCGGUGUUCCUCAGUCCAAACAGUAUACCACCUUCCCCGCAGCGAAGAAAACGAAAAGCAUCUCCUGCUGGACCGCACAGAUCACGAAUGCGUCGUGCGCCUACCCACUACACCCCACAGCCGUUACUUUCCCCUGAUAGAGAUGGGCCUGGGCUUUAUGUCGACUUUAUAAGCGGUAUAUCAGGUACGGAAGCAGAAGUGUUAUCUCAAUUUGAAGAUAACCAAACGCCACGUAUUAACAUCGGGGCAGAACAUCAGGCUGACAUACCGGAAUUGUGUUCCGAUCGCGUAGAUUUGCAUCGAGUGCCAGAACAACUUCUUUGGGACCCUGGCAUUAAUGAUGCGCUUGAUGAUAAUGAGGUUCGUAUGUUUAUGGAGCUAGCAAUGUGUGCCGCAAUGCCCGUAGGAGGCCAUACUAGAGAGUUCGCAUUACAAACUCUUGGUGAAUGCGGGGGUGACAUUCGCGCGGCUACACUUCGGCUUAUGUCUCGACCACCUGCGCCUGCGCAGAAUGAGGCCAGAUGGACCCCAGAUGAGGUGGAGGCUUUCUUGAAUGGCCUCGCGCACUAUGAUAAGGAUUUCUAUAGAAUUUCACAGUUGAUAAGAACAAAAGACUCAAAGCAAUGCGUCCAAUUCUACUACUUCUGGAAGAAAGUGACCAAAGAUUACAAAACUCUGUAUUUACGGAGCUGGAGUGAUGCACGACAACCACAAGGUACGUUCGUGCACGCUCCGAGUACUUCAUCCCCCACUUCCUUCGAGGGUGAAGAGUACCCGUGCAAAAUAUGUGGGAAAGUAUUUAACAAAGUAAAAAGUCGUAGCGCGCACAUGAAGUCGCACCGGCCACUCGACGCCGAGCCCAAACGGCCUAAACUCGAAAAACCUUAUGAAAAGGUCGAGGCUGACGAAAGGUCCCAAGCGACUGCCGAAUACAAAAAUAGGCCUCACUAUAAUUGA